GCUCGCUUGGUUCAGCAUCUGUCUUCCCCCCCGAGCAGUCCACGGAGCGCGCGGUAUGGAUCCGUUACGCAUUACGCACUGUGGUGUGACACGCGCUUCUGACUCGCGUGAAGACAUCAACUCUUAAAAAAAAAAAGAAAAAAAAAAAGCACGCGCUGCACUGGUUUACACUAAGAAAGGAAACUGUCUUUAAUGCAGAAGAAGAAGAAGGGGAAGAGAGAAGAGAUUCGUUGUGACUUUUUUUUUUGUUCCAAGCUUUCUUUGAGUGUCUUUUUUUUUUAUGUGGAUACUUACAUCUUUGGGCAAUGGGAGACUCCGUGUUCCUCGACAGGCACAAUUCCUAUCUUGGUGACUUCACAUGGAGCAGCUUGUCGGGGCGGAGCGUACGUCUGACGCCAGUCGCUAUCCAGAGUCUGUCGGAGCUGGAGAGGGCCAAGCUGCAGGAAGUGGCCUACACUCGCUUGCACCAGGACUAUGACCUUGGAUGUCAGAUAACCAUGCCAAAAGAUGGACAGAAGAGGAAAAAGUCGUUGAGAAGGAAGUUGGACUCGCUUGCGAAAGAGAAGAGUAAAGACAAAGAAUGCAUACCCCAGGCCUUCAGUAUACCCCUCUCCCAGGUCAUCGCCAAUGACAGGACGCACAGGCAGCGUCAGGACGGCUAUCGUCAGGACCCUCCGCCCCGCGAGGAGCACAAGGACUCCUCAGACCUCGUCUCCUCCAUUAUACAGUUUGCCACCAAGAGGCCGUCCACUAAAGAGUUGUCCAGUAGUAACUCCUCUUUGAGUUCCACCUCAGAGACGGCCAAUGAGUCAACGUCACCCAACACGCCUGAGGCUGCACCCCGAGCACGCAGGAGGGGAGGCAUGUCGGUAGACUCGAUCACAGACCUGGAUGACAACCAGUCCCGCUUGCUGGAAGCCCUGCAGCUUUCCCUCCCUGCUGAGACCCCAAGUAAGAAGGAGAAGCAUCGGGACAAAAGGCUGAGCCUCAAUCCCAUUUACCGGCAGGUGCCGCGGGUGGUCGACAGCUGUUGCCAGCACAUUGAGAAAAAUGGUUUGCAGACGGUAGGGAUCUUCAGAGUGGGAAGCUCCAAGAAGAGAGUCCGACAGCUGCGUGAGGAGUUUGAUCGGGGCGUCGACGUCCAGCUGGAAGAGGAGCACAGCAUCCAUGACGUGGCCGCUCUGCUGAAGGAGUUCCUCAGGGACAUGCCCGACCCUCUUCUUACCAAGGAGCUUUACACGGCCUUCAUCAACACCACAUUGUUGGAUCACGAUGAGCAGACGACAGUCACACAGCUACUGGUUUACCUGCUCCCAGCAUGCAACAGCGAUACCCUCCAUCGCCUCCUGGAGUUUCUGUCCACAGUGACCGACCACGCUCAAGCGGCAGACAAAGACGGACAGGAGAUCACAGGGAACAAGAUGACGUCUUUGAACCUAGCGACCAUCUUCGGCCCAAACCUGCUCCACAAGCAGAAGACCUCGGACAAAGAGUUCAGCGUCCAGAGCAUGGCCCGGGCGGAGGAGAGCACGGCCGUCAUUGCCGUGUUGCAGAGGAUGAUCGCCAGCUACCAGACCCUUUUCAUGGUGCCUCCUGAUCUGCAAAAUGAGGUUUUGAUGAGUCUUUUGGACACUGAUCCAGAUGUGGUGGACUACCUUUUGAGAAGAAAAGCAUCCCAGAGCCCUGACAUGCUGCAGACAGAGGAGCCCUUCACCCUGAGCGAGCGCCGCUCCUCCAGCGAUUCCAACAAAGCGUCCAGCGGUGAGGUGUCUCCUUACGACAACAACUCGCCAGUAUUAAGCGAGCGGAGAGGAGAAACAGGAAGUCCGGGCAGCGAGCAGCUUUACCGCGUUCCUGAACACUUCACUCUGCCUGGAGCGGACACUUGGGGUUCCAAAGAAACUGUAUCAGAGGAGCAUGCCAAUAUUUGGGGGACGUGGCACACGACCCUGAAACCAGCGCUUAAGGACCAACCAUACACAGGUUCCCAUGGCAACAUGUCAGAGGGAAGCUCCCGCAGCUCACAGGAAGGUCUCGACGGACUCCACGGGGAUGGCAGGCAUCAGACAACGCUACAACGGCAUGGCAUGACUGAGAUCAGACCACACCCCCCGGUCACCAGGGUGUGCACCAGCCCUCACGUCGGGUCGGGACGGCCACGCCUGCAGCUCAGCAUCAACCCGUCUGUGAUGUCACACCUCAACAGCACUCAUCGAGCAGUCUCGAGAUCUCACGGUGGAGCGAACACUAGUGAUGGUUGCCCCAACGACAGCCGCUGUCCUCCCCCUUAUAAUGCCCACCAUCGACUGGCUAGCACACAAAGUUCACCCCAGCUAGCAACAGCGCAGCAGCCGGCGCUUCAGCACGGGAGGCUCAGUGCAGUGCAGAGUAACUCAGCCUCAACGACAGAGACCCAAAUUGUGCCGCAUACACCGGAGUGGCAAGACUGGCAGAGGGACCGGUGGCAGAUCUGGCAACUGCUUUCCUCGGACAAUGCUGACGCACUGCCUGAAACUCUAGUUUGAGCUGAGAUUAUGAACUGCUGCUCUGCUCGCCCACCAUUGACCAUUUUCCACACAGGGGCCAUUUUCCUUCUUUUAUCAAGCUAAUAGUGGGAAGCUCUUAUCCUGUUAAAAUCACAUACUAUCAUGGUCUUGGUUUCAAAUCACAUUUAAACACAGAGAACCUGACAUGUCUUUCCAUCUUCAAAGGUAAAACAAUAUCUGAUCACCCAUGAGCUACUGUUAGUCGACUAUUGACAUUAGCAUUCAACCACUUCUGACCUUACAUUACUGUGUGUGCGACACAAUAGGAUAGGAAAGGCAUAUAUACACAUCCAGCUAACGGCUAGCAAGCGAGCCAAUAUCAAUGUUUGAAAAUAUCCCAUAUUACAAUGGGAAAGGUGCAAAUUCUAGCUAACUAUUGGCUAGUAAUUUAUGCCUUUCCUUAUUGGUUAAAGCCCGACCUAUGAAUAAGCCAGCCAAUAGUAUCGGCCGAUAUUUGCUUAUCCGGUAACUAUCAGUAUUGGCUAAUUUUAUCUCAGAUAUACGUCAAUAAAACGAUCUAUCUAUCCAUCUCCACAUAUUUAUAGAUCUAAGAAAGAUAUUGACCAAUAUAUGAGUCUCAGAUUUGUUUCUCCCCAAUAUCGAUAUCAGCCCCAAAAAUCUCAUAUCGGUCGGACCCUAGUAAGCUAACUUGUUAAGCAUAGUCCACCUUGACUUGCUAAUCAUGCAGAAGCUACUGGCGAUGUUAGCCAUUCAUUUAGGCUUUUCCUAUUGCAUUGAGUGACAUGUUAGAAAGGAAAUGGUUAAAUGAUUAUGUUUGCUGUUUUCCAUGGUAGCUUACGGGUUUUUAGUUAUAUUGUUUUAACUUGAGAUACAGCCUUUUCUGUGUCUUCACCAUCACUUGUACUUCCUGUAGCUAAUCAAUAAGCAGCAGUUAAGGGACGAUAUGUUCAAACACAGUCGUGUGACAUUGUGAAAGCAUUUGAACUUUCCAACCAAAGCCCAAGACUGGGGGAAAAUGGCUGCCCUUUGAAACUGGUGAAUUGGUAGGAUCAAAGCCCAACAAUGACAAUCACUCCUUAAAUAAUACUUUAUUUUACCUUUUAUCCCUUCAUCUAUGGAUUUUAUCCUUUCCAAAAGACCUUCUUUCUUAUCCUACAUGUGAGCACAAUGCCGCUGUUGUUUACAUCCGCAGCUGCCGCCUUAUCCAGACUUUUACAUUCAAGAGCCACAAGUGUUGAGUGUGGAUGUAGCUUCUGCGUCUAGCCCCCUAUAUGUGUUGUCCUUAAAAAUGCCCACAAGAAAUACCUCAAAAAUGUUUUCAUGAUGUUACCAUUACCAUUUAUGCUUUUCCUAGUGAGUCAAGUCUUCAUAUAUCAAUGGAGAACAAAUGAUUUGUUACGAUUUCAAUGCAUUGAUUUUUAUAUAUUUUAAAAACAGUUUUUGAUGGAACUAGUAGUAAACUGCUGCUAAAUGUUGAAUUUUACGUGAGUACUGGUGUCGUAGUUGAGCCACAUCGGUACAAAAAGAUCAAAUGUUGAAAUAUGUAUCAGUGUAAGAUUAUGUAUGACUGUAUAUACAAACUGUUGAUAGACCUCCUUAACAAUAUCUAUAUGUAAAGUGUAUAAUUUGCCAAUCUACUAAUAGUACUUCAGCCCUUUAACUGGCAGUCUAAAUGUUGGUGUUCGUACGACUGCUGUUUUUGUCUCUAAUAUUGAAUGUACUUCACUUAUGGCGAAAUAGCUUGAACCUAGUUAUCAAGCACUCAGCUGUAACUUUGCUUAUAUUGCCACUUAGUGCGGGAACAAUGUGCCAAAGUCUUUUCUUUUUAUACUACAGGACAUUUAUCGUACAGUUGUGUUCAUUUCAUUAAGGGAUUUCUUGUAAAAUGGUUCAAGAGCUUGUGUGACCAUUGGCUGGUGUUGGUCAGAAAUUUAAGCAUCAAAGUAUGAGGGGAGGGGGUCAGUUUAUGACUCGAAAGCAUGACGUCUCUUGUCAAGACUGGUGUAAAUGGAUUAUGUUGCCAACUAUUGUUGUCAUGACACCAGAAUUUAAAAUUUUAGAUACGGUUCUAGUAAAAAUCAAACGAUAUUGGCACCAAUUUCAAAUCCAAAGCAACAAAAAUAGAAGUCUUAAACAUCAAUCACAAGUCAAUUUCCUGUUUUUAAUGACCAUUCAUUUCGUAUCAAAUGCAACACACUUUCUAAUUUGCAGAAAUACCAAAAAUACCAGUAUUUGUGCAACGUAGACAGUGCUCUUUCUCUUUUGCUCAUGGCAGCUUUUGGUUGAAUAUAUGACUGAAGCUCUGAAGUCUUUUGAGAGCUUCUGCACUUUUGAUAACCUUUUAUAUUGAUGAAUAGAAUAACACAGAUUGUAUCGUUUUAAAACAUGUGGUAUCAAAAAGUAUUGAAUUAUUGGGGCGCCAUUGGCCUAUGUGGCUCAUUUCCAGCAUGUCAUUUAUUCAAUAUUUCAAAAAGUAUAUCCAUCCAUAAAAUAAAGUGAUAAAAUCAAAUAGUAGACAUGCUGCCACACAGUCAUAUAGAACUUGUGUAUGGAAGGCCAAAUGGGACAAAUUUAGAGCUACUGAAAAAAAGGUUCUAAAUGUAUCUUCAAUGAUGUUUUGAAUUGUUUCUUACAUUGCUCAAAUGUUAUGCAACUAAUUGUCCACUUGCCCUCUUCUGAUUGGUAUGAAAUAUUUCAAUAUAUACGCUGAGCAUACAUCUCAUUACCUCAGAUUGGAACUACAUUUCCCAUGUUCAAAGUUCAAGUUCAAGAAAAGACUGAUCAGAAGUUGGCUUAAAGUGUGCAUUUUGCUAAGACCGUAACAUCCCGCCUUGAAAUGAUCCACUGCAGUAAUAGGACACAGAUCUAUUCUUUCAAUCAGACCUUUCAAUAAUCUUUAAACUGGGGUAUUACUAGCUGUCUGUCUUAGUGGCUUCAGUUUUCAUUGGAAAAACAAAAAGGUGUGCUCAUUUGUUUUGUCAAUGCUAUCCAGUAUUGUUGGCCAUACAGUUGGGGGAGAAGUUUUUGAUCACACACACAACCAGUCUGUCCAAACCUUCUCAAAUGUCAUAUUUUAGUGGGUAUUUGCUGGCAAAUAUUUCACAUUAUUCUCAACUAAUGGUGUAGUAUUUGCCAUUGCAGACAUGUAUCAGUGCACACUCUGUAUUAAAGGACAUCUCUUGAAUGUGACCUGAAGAUAAGUAUGUAGAAACGGAAAAAAGUAGUGAAGGGUUUUGGCGCCAUCUGCUGUCAAAGCAUGUGCAUUGCCAUGAUGCUUCCAACAGUUCACUUUUUUUCUCUCUUCAUGGGAUCCAUCUUUGCUAAUUUAAACAGUUAGCUUGUAAUUAUAAGCACCUUUUUUAUGUAAAUGUGUAUAUCUGAGGAAAUAAAUGUGCCAUACAUCCUGCUCUUAAAAGCUGCUUCUCCAUGCAUUGCUAAAGGUCCAUAUUUUAUGAGUUUUUUUUUUUUCUUGGAUGACUUUUCUAUGUCGAGUGUUGUAAUAUAUAAAUACAAUAUAACAUUUUUUUAUUCAACAUGGAAAAAAGAGGAGGCCUACUCCUUGUGGUCCUAGCUUUGUCCUCCAACACAAAGACUGUUUGUCUUGUUUAAGUCACCAUGAGACGAAGGAAAGCUUGGUUUCAUGGCGUUUUUUGGUGAUAUUUUUUGUGGGGUUUACUGGGUCCAAGUUGUAAAGGAAAGUCUGGUAUUUGUUUUUGUACCGUGUGUCAUCAAUAUGCUACAAUGGAAUUAAAUAUGCUCAAAUAAAACCUGGUGUUAAGGUCAA